AUGGCUAUAAAUAAGGAAUCAAAAAUUGAAAAGAAUGGAAAUAAACCAUUCGGUUAUUAUCAAGGAUCAAUUGACAUGAUCAUACGAAAUGGAAGUGGAGUAAAUGAUGAUGAGAAACAAAGUCUAGUUUAUUGUAAAAAAUCUGAAGGUUGUGAAAAGCCAGAGACAGACAGAUCUUGA